AUGAACUUUAGUAACUAUAUCACCGAACUACUGACAAACCACACCUCUGGAGGGCAGGAGUGUCACGAGGAUCCUGAAUCGCUGAAAUUAUGUCAGUUAACGAAAACAGCAACCAAAAACGAAGCCCCCAUAGAUGCACAAAGGAGCGAGAUCUGGAAACAUGGAUAUCCCAGCAACUUGACAAGUUUGGAUUUGAGAGCCAGGAUGCUCUGUAAGGCUAUAGAGGUAUGGUUAUCAAAUUUAGAGGCAUUCAAAGAAGGGAAAAGGGCCUACGCGCCCGGAUCAUGUAAACCGGAAGCCACGGGGUCAUUAGGGGGAAGAAGGGAUGAGAAGAAGUGUCCGUACAGUGGAGAGAGAGAAGUAUGGAGAGCACUAUGGGGGACAGUGCCCCUGUAUAGAAGUCAAGAGUAUCAGAAGAACUUAAGAGUAUGUAUGGAUAUCAUGAGUAUAAUCUUGACC